UCCGCAUGGCCCUGCUGCUCUUGGGGCUCCUGGUCCUCCUGGGCCUCUGGGGGCUGCUCCGUGCCUCUGCCCGCAGCCCCUCCCCAGCCCUGCGAUGGCCCCCCGGGCCUCGCCCGCUGCCGCUCCUGGGGAACCUGCACUUGCUGAGUGUUUCGCAACAGGACCGGUCACUGAUGGAGCUCUCCAAGCGCUAUGGGCCAAUGUUCACYGUUCACCUGGGCUGCCAGAAGACUGUGGUGCUGUCCGGCUAUGAGGCUGUGAGGGAGGCCCUGGUGGGCACCGGGCAGGAGCUGGCGGAUCGGCCCCCCAUCCCCAUCUUUCAGCUCAUCCAGCAAGGCGGGGGCAUCUUCUUCUCCUCUGGGGCRCGCUGGAGGGCUGCCCGCCAAUUCACAGUGCGUGUGCUGCAUAGCCUGGGCGUGGGGCAGGCGCCCAUGGCCGACAAGGUGCUGCAGGAGCUGGCGUGUCUCAUGGGACAACUGGAUAGCUAUGGAGGCCGGCCUUUCCCUCUGGCCCUGCUGGGCUGGGCUCCCUCCAACAUCACCUUCGCACUCCUCUUCGGCCAGCGGUUUGACUACCAGGACACCAUGUUUGUGUCCCUGCUGGGUCUCAUUGAUGAGGUCAUGGUUCUCCUGGGGUCCCCCAGCCUGCAGUUGUUCAACAUCUACCCCUGGUUGGGGACCCUGCUCCAGCUGCACCGGCCUGUCCUGCGCAAGAUCGAGGAAGUGCGUGUCAUCCUGAGGACUCUCCUGCAGGCACGGGCCUCCCCCACGCCCCAGGGUGGCCCUGUGCAGAGCUACGUGGAUGCUCUGAUCCAGCAGGGCCAGGGGGAUGACCAAGAGGGGCUCUUUGCAGAGGACAACGCUGUGGCCUGUGUGCUGGACAUGGUCAUGGCUGGCACAGAGACCACCUCUGCCACACUGCAGUGGGCCAUCCUGCUGAUGGCCAAAUACCCAGGCGUGCAAGGCCGUGUGCAGGAGGAGCUGAGCCAUGUACUGGGCCCUGGGAGGCUGCCCCGGCCUGAGGACCAGAGGGUACUGCCCUACACCAAUGCAGUGCUGCAUGAGGUCCAGCGGUACAUCACACUCCUGCCCCACGUGCCCCGCUGCACAGCAGCUGACACUCAGCUGGGUGGCUACCUGCUCCCCAAGGGCACACCUGUGAUUCCCUUGCUGACUUCAGUGCUCCUGGACAAGACACAGUGGGAGACCCCAGAUCAGUUCAACCCAGGCCACUUCCUGGAUGCUGAUGGGCACUUCGUGAAGCGGGCCGCCUUCCUGCCCUUCUCUACAGGCCGCCGAGUCUGCGUGGGGGAGAGCCUGGCUAGGACGGAGCUCUUCCUGUUGUUCGCUGGCCUCCUCCAGCGCUACCGCCUGCUGCCUCCACCUGGCAUCAGCCCCACUGCCCUGGACGCCACUCCUGCCCCAGCCUUCACCAUGCGGCCUCGUGCCCACACCCUGCGGGCAGUGCCCUGGCCCUAG